GAAGUGCCUCAUAUCCAUUCGUCCACCAGACAACAGGGACGAACUGCGAGAUGGCUCAGCGGCUCCUCCUCCGUCGGGCCUGGACCCUCUCCACCCGGGAGCUCCGCCCGCUGCCCCUCUACAGCGUCACCACCUCCUUCCUGCCCUCCUCCUCUCCACUGCUCCUCACAGGCUCCUCCCCCCGGGCGGCGGGGCCCCUCCCACCCCACCAUGCCCCCCGCCGCUGGGUGUCCUUCAACGUGCAGGACCACGACGACUUCACGGAGCGCGUCAUCAACAGCCAGCUGCCCGUCCUCGUGGACUUCCACGCCCAGUGGUGCGGCCCCUGUAAGAUCCUGGGGCCCCGUUUGGAGAAAGCCGUCGGCAAACAGAAGGGUCGCAUUGCCAUGGCGAAGGUGGACAUCGACGACCACACAGACCUGGCCAUAGAGUACGGGGUGUCCGCCGUUCCCACGGUGAUCGCCAUCCGCGGCGGUGAUGUCAUCGACCAGUUCGUGGGCAUCAAGGAUGACGACCAGCUGGACUCGUUUGUCAGCAAGCUCAUUGGACAAUAACACCCGCCACUCAGCCCCCCGGCCCCGCCACCACGGCGAUCCGGUCUUCCCCGGCGGCAGCCAGCCGCUGGAGAAGACCCCCACACAACUCAACCCCAGGGGGGGGAGACACGCCAUCUCACUGCCUCCGCCUCCAGCCCAGCACUUUGCUCUCAUUGGUUCUGAUUUCCUGCUGUCCCUCCUUUGUUUGAGAUGGGGGUGUGUCCUCCUGUCCAGUAUGGUGUAGUGGGUAAACUGGUCCCCCCUCCCUCCGCUGGCUCACUAAUGGUCCCACACUAUUGACUCAGCCGGAGAGAACCGGUUUGCGGUCAUGAUGGGUCUAAGGUAAGGAAGACGCCCACGCCACACUCUGUUCUUUUACGUUACCGUGCCAACGUCAAAUGUAAUAGUCGGAGAAGGGUUCAGGAGGAAACCUGGCCGAAGUGGAUGAGCUUUUUUUUU